AUGACAUUAAGAUCAUCAAUUAAUCAUAGAUGUAAAGAAGACAUUGCUGGAUUUGCUCGAUUAACCCUUCAAAUGAUCAAUGCCAAUGUUUCUAUAACAUUAGAUCAUAUACAAAAAGGUGAUGUACAACUACAAACCAAUGAGCCAAAACAAAAAGAGGCUAUGAAAGAUUGUCUUGCUUUAUAUAACAUGAUAGUUGAUGUACAUUUGCAUGAGGCUUUAAUUGCUAUGGACAAAAGUGAUUAUAAGGUUGUUAAACAAAGGGCUUAUGCUGCUGGGGUACAAGCUCGGACAUGUGAUGAUAAAUUCAAAGAUUCAACUAUGAAGCCUUUGAAGGAUACAAAUAGAUAUGUGCAAAAUCUUUGUGCUAUCACCAUGUCCAUUGUUAACAAAUUGCUUUUGCCAAACAAACCAACUUUUACUUAUUAG